CGUUGAAAUCAGGUUGGGCUUUAAAAAUAAAUAAAUAAAUAAAAUCCCUCCCUUCCGCCUGUUACUUGUUCUCAUAUGUCUGCGUGUUCCACAAGAUCAACUCAGUUGAUCAUGGCGCUUGGACGCGGCGGGGUCUCGGUCCUCUUGCUUUUUCCUUGUUUUCCCUAAACUAUUCCAAACACAAGAUCUCCAACUCGGAUCACCAAACAGCACUGAAGUAGACAGAUUUAUUUUGGACUUCAGGAUACUGCAUGUGAACAUGUAAACGCUCGACUCGACUCAAGGAUCGAGAUUUUAGGGUAGCUUUUCCUUUUUCCUUUUCCCAAGUUUCCCAGUUUUAAAGCGGAGCAACUCGGAAAGCGGCUGGAAGAGGAGGAAGAAGAGGAGGAGGGAAGGAGGAGGAAGAAGAAGAAGAAGAAGAAGAAGAAGGAGAGGCCGUGUUUAAGUGCCUGAAAAUAGCGCAACAAUGGUCAUGGUAUGGGCGUGACAUGACAGCUGAGGUGACCCUCGACCCUCUCUCGCUAUCUCUCACACUCGAGCAAAAUGUGUCCGUCUCAGUGACAGAGGGACAGCACGAGCGCCACCAUGGACGAAUCGGCCCUGCUGGAUCUUCUUGAGUGCCCGGUGUGUCUGGAACGGCUGGACGCCACCGCCAAGGUCCUGCCAUGCCAGCAUACGUUCUGUCGCAGAUGCUUGCUUGGCAUUGUGGGAUCGCGUGGCGAGCUGCGGUGCCCCGAAUGCCGCACGCUUGUGGAGAGUGGUGUGGACGAGUUGCCCAGCAACAUCCUCCUCGUGCGGCUGCUUGACGGCAUCAAGCAACGACCCUGGCGUGCAGGAACGGCUUGUACCAACGGCUCGGCUGGCGGGGGGGUUCGAGAGCAUGCCAGCACAGGAGCACAGCCCCAAAGAGCUCAGACCAAAAGCAGCACUGUCAGGGGAGUACCCCAGCUCCCUUGCGCCAAGGCCUUGUACAACUACGAUGGCAAGGAACCUGGCGACCUCAAAUUCAGCAAGGGUGACGUCAUCAUCCUGCGCCGGCAGGUGGACGAGAACUGGUACCACGGUGAAGUGGGUGGAGUGCACGGCUUCUUCCCAGCCAGCUUCGUACAGGUGAUCAAGCCGCUCCCACAGCCGCCGCCGCAGUGCAAGGCACUGUACGACUUUGAGCUGAAGGACAAAGAGGCGGACAAGGACUGCCUUCCCUUCUCGAAGGAUGACAUUCUGACAGUAAUUCGACGAGUGGACCAGAACUGGGCUGAGGGAAUGCUGGGAGAUAAGAUCGGCAUCUUCCCCAUAUCGUAUGUAGAGUUUAACUCGGCUGCUCGGCAGCUUAUCGAGCUCGACAAGGUGCCAGACGACUCUGCUGAGGGCACUUCCUCCUCCUCUUCCUCUUCCUCUUCCUCCAACUCAUCAUCUGGCCCCCAAGCCAAUGGCACCCAAAAAGUGACAGGGGAGAAAAAGAACAGUAAGAAGCGCCACUCAUUCACCUCGCUGACCAUGUCUCAUAAGCCCUGCCUGGCACCGCCGCCGCAGCGACACUCCAUGGAGAUCAGCGGGCCCGUGCUCAUCAGCUCCUCGAACCCGACAGCGGCCGCCCGCAUCGGAGAGCUCAGCGGGGGUUUGUCCUCCAGUGCCCCCUCGCAGGUUCACAUUUGCACAACAGGCCUCAUUGUCACGCCCCCUCCAAGCAGUCCUGUAACGACGGCGACGGUCUUCACUUUUCCUCCAGAAACCAGCUACGCCUCCAUCCCAGUGGACACUUUGCCUCCUCCCCCACCUCCUCCCCCACAAUCCUCCUCUGUGGGCGCGGCAUCGUCGUUGGUCGCGGGGCAGAGGCCAUCCCCCACUGCAAGCGACCAGAGCGGACGCCAGAGACCCACUGUGUACGUUGCGAUGUUCCCGUACACACCCCGUAAGGAGGAUGAGCUGGAGCUGAGAAAGGGCGAGAUGUUCCUGGUGCUGGAGCGCUGUCAGGACGGCUGGUUUAAAGGAACAUCCAUGCACACCGGCAAGAUCGGAGUUUUUCCCGGUAACUACAUGAGUCCUGUUAGCAGAACGGUUGCGAGCAGCAGUCAGCCCAAAGUUUCAUUAGCAAUGUGCUCGCAGGCUGGACGUGGCAUCACCGUAGUCAGCUCCUCGUCCUCUUCAAUCGGAGCUGCCCUGGCUGCUGUUGACCCCAACAAGCCCCUCCCUAUUUGCACAGGCCCCGCCCCUUCGAGCCCCAUCCCGGCAGCUGUAGUCACUGCAGCUCAUGUGCCGUCUGGUCAGCAUCCCAAAGUGCUCAUGCACGUGACAUCACAGAUGACGGUGAACCAAGCUCGUAACGCUGUGAGAACUGCCGUGUGCCACAAUCAGGAUCGCCCCACUGCAGCCGUAACGCCCAUCCAGUCCCAGAACGCCAUGGCUUUCCUGACUCACCUGGCUGUGUGUCCGCAGCCGUCACCCGGCAGCGUCUCCACCUCCAACCCUGCGUCAAGCAGAAUGGGAGUGGCCAUGGGCUGCGCUGCCGCCUCACUUACCCCACCCAACAUCAGCGCUGCUUCUCUGGAGGUCGAUGGCAUGAGACCCACCGCCAUGGUGUCCCUCCCGGUCGCUCCCGGCAACACUAAGCCUCUCGGUGCCACCGCAGCAAAUCAGGCUCCUGCUUGUAAACUAGACAAGAGGGAGAAGAAAGGCCUGUUGAAGCUGUUGUCCAAUAAAAAGAAACUCCGCCCCUCUCCUCCAUCUUCCCCGACUCUGGAGGCGGAGCAAGCCGUGGCCGCAGACAUGCCGCAAGGAGCCAUGGCACCUGAACAGCCCGUGUCAAACCCAACAGCAGCGGCCAGUGGAAACCAUUGCAGGACCGGGCCCUGUCCCGUGGAGGCAGACACACCUGCACCUUCUUCGUCAUCAUCGUCGUCAUCCUCAAAUACAGAGGCUGCACGCAGGACUGGCUGUCAGGAAAACUCCGCCCCUAUUGCACCGCCACCACGGCAACCGUGCUCCUCUCUCCUGUCCAUGCAGCACGAUGGACGGCCAAUAGUGUGCGAGAGGUACAGUUACAUCAACAUGGUACCGCGUGGUGGUGUCUUACCCUCCACAGAGCGAAGCCGAGCUGGAGCUGAAGGAGGGCGACAUUGUAUUCGUGCACAAGAAGCGCGAGGACGGCUGGUUCAAAGGUACGCUCCAGAGGAACGGCCGGACGGGUCUCUUUCCCGGCAGCUUCGUCGACAGCAUCUGACUCAAACACCUGCUUGCUAUCAGGCGAAAAUUAAGCCGUGCUGUUACCAAGCAACUCCCGAGAAUGACGGACAUAUCGGACGAACGAUGAUCAGCAGUAUGUACAUGGGAAUGGAUCUAAGCACAAAUUAAUUUUUUUUUUUUUUUUUUUUUUAAUAAACACAUCCUGGACGCCAUGAGGCUCUCACGGCCUCUUGGAGCAGUGCACACUCUUACAGUUUUACACAGAGACAUGUUCGAAAACAAAAAGCACAUUUCAUUUCUCAAGCACAUGUAUAAAACCGACAGCGCUCAACUGACUCCGAGCUCGUCAUGUGAUAAUCCGUUAAUUUAUGUAGCUGUAUUUCAGAACGGUUAAACUUGCGUGCCUUGUACGGCAUCACUUUAUUGUAUAUAAGCAAACAGAGCUGAUCUAUGAGUGAACUGAGCAAAGCUGGAAAAUAUGAAUUGAAUUUAUUAUACUCCUUUAAAAAAAAAAAAAAAAAAAAAGACAUUGUAGUUUUGCUUGUAGGGGAUUGAUGGAUGAUUUAAUGUGAAUUAUGAUUGGCUGCCCCCAUGAUGUGUCGCUGAUUUGCGGCGCUCGGUCAUCGGUGGACGGAGACGGCUGGAGAACGGAUGUCGCUCACUGCCCGGAUAAACUACUGUUGAUCAUCCUGAAUAUAGAGUUGAACUUUAAUUUACUACUGAUUUUUAAAAAAAAAAAAGGAAUAUUGGUAUACGAAUUUGAUCCGGUGCAUCUAAAAAUAUAUACGGAUAUGACAUGGGUUAGUGAAAUCAUGAGCAUAAAACGAAUCUUUCUCGAAGUAAAACAAGCAAUGGCUCGUGUGCGAUGAAUCGUAGCGACUCGGUGUCGAGUAAAGAAUGGGGAUGUAAAUGAAUCUGCUGUAGAUUUUAUUCGGGGUUUAGAGGGAUUAGAGGUAGUAUGGUUAAUGCUUCUGAUAUAACUUUUUAUAUUUAAAACUUAAAAAAAUAAAAAAUAAAGAAAAAGAAGAUACACUCCAUAGAAAGCAUCUGAGCGGUGGUGGUGGAUGUAGAUGUUUAACUCAAAAUUGUACUAAUUAUAUUUCUAUAUAUUAUAAGUAUGAUAGCUGCUGGCUCCCUUUGUGUGUUUUUUUUUUUUUUUUUUUUUUUUUAAAAUCAUAUGAGAGUACAACUGACAGCUGAGUGAUGGAUCACUGAAGCACACUCAUACUUUUACUCUUGUGGCGUCUUGUGCUGUUGUGUGUUUGUGUGUCAUGGUGUGUGUGUUCUUGAUUUACAGCUAAUUUUAGUCUAUUGCACUAUACCUGACAGAUUGACCUUUUUUUGCUCAAGGUGCAACAGAUGAGAGCGGCUUCGAGUCGGUUCAACGUCCCAGUGUUCUUGUUCGUUUUGUUUUGUUUUUUUUGUUGUUGUUGUGUUUGCCUCACAGUUUCGUCUAGCGUUUUUUGUCAUGAAGGUCGUUUUAAACGUCUCGCAAGUUUUAUGAUGCGAUCUCGCUUGAGGUGCUUCAUUACGGAUCAAAUAGAGAUCAUACCACAAAUCCAUGGCUUAUUUCUACUUAUUAAAAAGCUUGCAAGCUCCCAUCUUUUAGCAAUUCUGGCAUGCAAAAACAGGACUUUUUUUUUCCCCCCCUCUAACCAUCCUCUUUAGCUCAUAAAAACACAGUAAUAACUAAUGACUGAUUUACUUAAAGACUUUAUUUGAAAUCCAGAAUUAGCGGAUGCUUUUCUUUUUCCAGAUAACCCAUAGACAUUUACUCUUAUUCCAUCACGAUUCAGAUCAAGACGUCUUAUAUCCAUGACCAAACCCACAUACUGUUAGAAUUUAUCUCUUACUUAAUAGUAGUAGAAACAUUUCUACCUGAACCUUCAUGAUGGAGAACUGUAGAUACAUCUUUAGAUUAGAUUCGUGUUGGUGAGAAACGAUUGCAAAAAUAUAUAUAUAUAUGUAUGUAUAUAUAUUGUUUGCUGGUGUAGGACCUCAAUGAACUAACAAGCUGAUGUUUUUGUUUUUUGUUGUUUUACGGGAAGCUCAAGUGCCUGUGCUGUGUGGUCGAGUUCACCUGAGAUCAUCCUGUCAAUAAAGUUGCACAAAAUGGGGGAAAAAAAAAACCAGACAUACAGGCUGAAGCUGACACCCCAGUUCACUCCAUAUCUUUUUUUAUUUUUAUGUUUUCCAUUCACACACGCCUUUUAUUCUUUUCUUUCCUUUUGUUUUUUCUAUAUAGCUGUCUAGGCAGUUCCUCAUUGCGCUAGACCGGACGAUUCUCAUGCCUUGUUAGAGAGAUGCAGUACUAAACCUGACUUGAACACCUACUCUUCUUUCAUUAUUAUUAUUUGUUUUGGUUUUUUUUUUUUUGGUUUUUUAAAACCCUUUUUGUUACUGGUUUUUUAGUACAUGCUCGUCUGCUAGUGGUGAAGUUGAUCUCAUAUUCAGUACUAAAUCAUUGGAAGAAAUAGUCAUUUUGUAAUGUGCUUAACUGUAAUAAAAGAUCUUGAUUUCCAAAUGA